AUGGGAAGAUUCCUCAGAUUAUUUCUUAUGAUUUCUUUUUCACCAUCAUGGACAUGUGCUAAAGGGCAUGAUGGACUUCAUCCUGUUGAGGAAAAACUAAAAGCCCUUCAAAAGACCGUGGAUGAGUUGAUGGACUUUAAACAUACUCAACAACAACGGUAUGAUAAUCUUAAACUUGAGCUUUUGGAAAAUAAAGCAGAUUUUGACCGGAUGAAGAAACAGUAUGCAAGAAGAAUAUACGCCUUGGAAACUCGUACACGUGAACUUAAGGAUAUUUCAAAGACCCAAGAACGAGAUAUUUCAAUGCUUAAAAAAAGUAAUGUGAAAAACAAGAAUCACAUCUAUCAUUUAGAAAACCUCCUUACAAAUAUGAAGAAUGAAUGUUUGCCAAAAAAUACUAAACCAAAUGAUGGACGAAAUUGUGCCGCUGAAAAUAGGGCAAAACAUAAUUCAAAAUCAACAAAGAACCACAUAACUGGGAGAAUUCAGAAAAGUCUUCUUUUGACCUCAAACACUGUCCAUAGUAACGCUGCCAUUGCAUUUUAUGCCUACAUGUCAGCCAUAUUACUUUCUCCAAGUGAUCACUAUGUUUUGGUCUUUGACACUGUAAAAACCAACAUUGGAAACGCUUAUCAUCCUACAACAGGGGUAUUUAUGGUUCCCGAGUCGGGUGUCUACGUUUUUACAUGGACAAUUCGAUCAGGUACGGACGAUGCCCAUUCAGUUGAACUAAUGAUAAAUACCGAAGGAUUUGGCUCUAUUUACCUCCAGACAUUAGGUUUCGAAACAGAAGUGACGGGAAUAGUCGUGGCACAUGUUAACGCAGGCGAUGACGUUUACCUAAGAACACGCAUUUCACAUCAAACAGGGACGUCACAUUACAUACAAAGUGAUGCCGAGGGAAGAUCGUCCUUUGCAGGAUGGAAACUUUCUUGA